UAAACAUUGAUUUAAUAAGUUUAAUCUUAGUGCACAAAAAGUCUUUAAACUGUAACCAUUGUCAAUAAAACUGAAAGCAAAUUGAUCAAAAUUAAAAAUGGCACAACAACGAAAAUUAAAACCAACCGAAAUAUUUGAUGUUGACUUCAUAAAGCAUUCGAAUAUUGAUAUACAAUCAAAAUAUAAGGUUGGCAUGGAAAAUGGUGGAAAAUGGAUGAUGUUUAUUGAAAAAUCAAAAUUAGAUGAAGUCUGGGAAAAAAGUUGUAAACUUUACGAUAACGGACAAUUAAUUGGUGUUUACGAUAUAAAAUGUUCAACCAAUUACAGAGAUCCAAAAAUUAAAAGUCAUGCUCAGAAUAAAGGUGCCCUUAGAUUUAAUUGUGGUCCAGCUAACGAUGAAAAAAAGAUUAUGGAAAUUGGGAGAAACAUUUUAAAAAUGAUUCCCUAUCGAUGUGAUUCGGGAUACAUGCAUUUUAAAUCGGAUGAACAAAGUAAAAUUGGUAACAGGCACACUGGUCAAAAAGUUAAUCAUCUAUAUAAAUUAGAAGUUCCAGGAAGAUUGUCUGCGGAUGAUUUCCAUAAAAUGGUAACCAGUUUUGGUGCAUUAAAAACUCGUAAUAAUUCAACAACAAAAAAUCGUGAAUUUUUGAAGAAAAAAAAGUUUUUGAAUAGUCCCGAUCAUGACUUUGGUGAUAAUUUUUAAGGAUCAAUAAUUAAGGUUUGCCGCCCCAAUUCUAAUCCAA